AUGUUUGAACCUACUCCCUCACUGAGCCUACACCGCUUGAGCAGGCAUAGCCUCCAAGAUCGAUACGAGUCAGACGAGGAGGCUGUAUCUGAGUCUGAUACAGGCGCCCAAGAUGUACUUUUCUCGCCCGUAGGUUCACGAGCCGAAAUCUUCGAUUCCGACCUCAGUGCCGAUGAGAAUUCACAAGACUAUGAUCGGGAUGAACAAAUUCGGGCUCCGCCAACGGUCAAACGGUCCCGGCCCGUCUCUUCUGCCACUAUCAAGAGAAACAGCGAUGCCACCUUUGACGAAGAUACGUAUGUCUUUGAUCCGGAAGAGCAGAUUAUUCUUGAACUGCCACCGUCAGAUUCUCCGCCACAACUGGCAGCCAGUACCUUUCUACCACCAUCGAUGUACGUUUGGCCAAAACCACCGCAGCCGGCCAACUCGAGGUCCCGCUCGACUUCACCCUCGUCGCUCUUUUCCGUAGAGGAGGUAGACAUCCAGGUUGCAAAGAAGGUCACUAUCAUGGAGCCCGGAACUCGUCCUACAUUGGUCUUGAUCAACGCCCUGGGACCACGGUCAAAGACCUCAAAACCUCGUCCUAGUCACUCUCGCUCCCGGGAAAGCAGCCGCACUCGCUCUGUGCUUGUCAGGGCCGAUAGCCGUCGCCUGACAAUGCAACGCUUGUCAGACUCAGUCACCCAGCCACCACGAGUAUCUGAGAAACGGAACACCAUGAAGCAGGCGCCCAAGAUAGCUCCAGUCCCAGCCCUGGAAGAAGAUGCACAGUUCACACCCAGUGCAAUCACCAAACGAGUUUCCGAGAUCCCCUCUUUCCCAGCACCACCACGCACACUCCCAUUCCCAGAGCACCGACCCCGACCCCGAACAUCAGGCACUGACAAAGCAAUGCCACCCCCGUCACUAAACCUGCGCACCUAUCGACCCCCUUCAAUGCGCAGUGUAAGCAGCAUCAGCGUCCCAGCCUACACCUCCCGCCCAUCAACACCGUCCUCGGCCGAGGAUGGCAAAAAAAGCCACUACACCGAUGCACCAUCCAAACUCACCAGAGUCUGCAGCCCGGCCUCAAAUGCAUCCACUUCACCACUGCCAUCUAUCUCCUCUAAGCGCAGUGGGCCUUCCACCUACAGCGUAUCGAAUAUUCUCACAAGUCGCUCGCCACUUAUGAUGCGUCGCAUGACGAGAAAACACUCCUCCUCGAGCGUCCAUUCGCUUAGUAGUCUGCGCUCAGAGGUCGGCGUCGAUGGUCCCUCUUCGUCACAGAUCUCGGUUGCUACACAGCCUAUUCCGCAUCCCAGCGCUGACUGCCAUAUCGUACGUAAGUCGAGCCAACGUCGCCAUACACGACAUGCUAGCGUUUUGCCCAGUGGGAGGGGAUUUAUGGGAUUGAAGCUGGGGAGGAAAUCGCACAAGACUUAG